UUGGUUAUUAAUUUGAUGAGAAUGACUGUUUUCUGUCUUCUGGCACAAGUUUUGCUCAUUUUAAACUGUAAGUUAGCAUUAUGUGCACAGGAAGGAAGGUCACAGUGAAAGUCAGUACUGAGGAGACCUCAGCAUGGUGUGAGGGCCAGAGUUAACCACUUUGCACUCUUAACUUUAGGGGCUUUACCUAUUAGACCAGGUCUUCUGCAACGGCAAGCGAGUACGACCGCGUUUGAUCCACAGGUGACAGCAGAUUCUCCUAAUAACCCACCGCUGGCUCAAAACAUCCUUUAGGUGGCCACAGGUCGGCAACUGGCGGCAUCUCUCAGAACCUGCUGUGGGCUGAAGGGAAAGCAGCGGAUGACAGCCUGGUUUUGUCUCGCUUUCCCGUUGGAAGGAGGAAAGCCUGCCGGGGCCUGGCGGCGGGGGUGCAGCAGUUGCUGCCCUGCCGUGCGGCUGAGCUGAGGCAGGGCCGCGGGCUCCAGGGGCGCCGCCAGCGCCUCGCCGCACGGAGCCGUUCUGAAAUGGCGCCGGCGCAGCCCGCCCGCGGCUCGCCAGAGUGGCCGGGGGGCGGCGCUGCUGCGUGCGCUGUCGCCGUGGUAACGCGGCCGCGGAGGGGCCGCCGUGGUUACGCGGCCGCGGAGGGGUCGCUGUGGUAACGCGGCCGCGGAGGGGGCGCCUCAGACCCCGCAGCCCAGGUGCGCGGUACCACACCAUGGAGGAGAGAGCCAACCUCAUGAACAUGAUGAAGCUCAGCAUCAAAAUCCUGAUCCAGUCGGCCCUGAGCCUGGGCCGGACCCUGGACUCCGACUUCCCUCCCUUGCAGCAGUUCUUCGUGGUGCUGGAGCAUUGCCUCAAGCAUGGGCUGAAAGUGAAGAAGACUUUUAUUGGACAGAACAAAUCGUUUUUUGGUCCUUUGGAGCUAGUGGAAAGACUUUGUCCUGAAGCAUCAGAUAUAGCAACUAGUGUCAAAAAUCUGCCAGAGUUGAAGACUGCUGUGGGAAGAGGAAGGGCUUGGCUUUACCUAGCACUCAUGCAAAAGAAACUGGCAGAUUAUCUCAAAGUACUCUUGGACCAUAAGCAUCUCUUAAGUGAAUUUUAUGAACCUGAUGCACUGAUGAUGGAGGAGGAAGGAGCAGUCAUUGUGGGUCUGCUAGUUGGACUGAAUGUUAUUGAUGCAAACCUUUGCUUGAAAGGAGAAGACUUGGAUUCCCAGGUUGGAGUGAUUGAUUUUUCCUUGUACCUUAAGGAAACACAGGACAGUGAUGGCAAACAAGAUGGAGGGAUUACAGCUGUCCUUGACCAGAAGCAUUAUGUGGAAGAACUUAACCGACAUCUAAGUUGCACAGUUGCAGAUCUUCAGAACAAAAUAGACUGCUUAGAAAAGACUAAUUCAAAACUGCAGGAAGAGCUUGCAGCAGCCACUGACCGGAUUGGAGCCCUGCAGGAAGAGCAGCAACAGUUAAAACAACAAAACGAGUUAAUUCGUGAGCGGAGUGAGAAGAGUGUAGAGAUAACAAAAGAAGAUACAAAAGUGGAAUUGGAUACUUACAAGCAGUCACGUCAGGGGCUUGAUGAAAUGUACAGUGAUGUGUGGAAGCAGUUGAAAGAAGAAAAAAAAAUUAGGAUGGAACUGGAGAAAGAGUUGGAGCUACAAAUUGGAAUGAAAACAGAAAUGGAAAUUGCCAUGAAACUGCUGGAAAAAGAUACUCAUGAAAAGCAAGACACUUUAGUUGCACUUCGCCAGCAGUUAGAAGAAGUGAAGGCUAUUAACUUGCAGAUGUUCCACAAAUCUCAGAAUGCAGAGUGUUCAUUACAACAGAAAACAGAAGCAAUAUCCUCUUUUGAAGGAAAAACAAAUGAGAUGAUGUCCUCUAUGAAACAAAUGGAAGAGAGGUUGCAGCAUGCAGAAAAGGCAAGACAGGCUGCAGAAGAAAGAUGCACCAAGAUGAAGCAAGAGCUUGCUGGCAGGCUUGACACUUGUCGGCAACAGAUGUCCCAGCUGGACAGCAAAUGCUCAACUCUGGAAAAGGAGUUAAAAUCUGAAAAGGAACAGAGACAAUCUUUGCAAAAAGAACUGCACCAAGAGAAGGAUGCUACCAGUCUGCUCAAAACCGAACUGCAACAAAUGGAAGGACUGAAAAAGGAACUGAGAAAACUGCAAGAUGAGAAGCAACACUUAGAGAAAGUCUGCGAAGAGCAGGAGCAAGCUCUGCAAGAAAUGGGACUCCACCUCAGCCAGUCAAAGUUGAAGAUGGAAGAUAUUAAAGAAGUAAAUAAAGCUCUAAAGGGUCAUACCUGGCUGAAGGAUGAUGAAGCAACACACUGCAAGCAGUGUGAAAAGGAGUUCUCCAUCUCCAGAAGGAAGCACCACUGCAGGAACUGCGGGGACAUCUUCUGCAACACUUGUUCCAGCAAUGAGCUGGCGCUGCCAUCGUACCCUAAGCCGGUCCGCGUCUGCGACACUUGUCACACUUUACUCCUUCAGCGCUGUUCGUCCAACUCCUCCUAAGGCCCUCCUGCCCCAGCCAGGAGCGUUUAACAUUGGAAAGUAGCCAUUACUUUUUUAAUCCUGAACGCCAGGCACCCCUCGUGCAGCAGCAGGCUGCCAGGGCGCCGACAGCUUCCACAGUAAAACAGCAGUACAGAAUAACUUGUAGGGAUUAUGCAAGCUACUGGUUCUCCAACUGGAAUAAUUCAGACUAUUCUAUCAGCUGUAGUUUCCAAGUUCUCUUGGAAACUAAAAUGCAAAUUCACUUUUCUGAUUUUUUUAUAGGCAAUUUGUAUUGAAGUUUGUAUAUGGCAUUUCUAUGUUGAUUUGACCAUACUACCAUGUCACUCUGCACUUCAAGUCCUCUCAGACCUUCACUGUAGCUGCUCCUGUUUGUCUCACUGGGUCAUGUACAGUUUUAUAUUUGCUACAAGGACAGAGAAAAGUUGAUUUAUGAAUUGUCUAUAGAAAGAGCUUUAUGAUGAGUGUUGAUGAAUGUGCCUUCUGUUCACUGCGGGCAAGCCCACACCUUGUACUUGUUCUGUAAGUCGCUGCGGCCACACUACAGUAGUUGCACAGUAAAGCCUUUUGCAAAAACAAA